AUGUAUCAAUUUCUUCAUGUAUAGCAUUCAUUCUCUUCGGUAGUUUUGAUCGUAUGCACUUAUGCACUACAGGAUCGCGUAAUAUCUAGGUGAUUGCGGAUCGAAAAAUGAAGUCGAUGUUAGCUUCAUUGGCCGUCAGGAUAUAGUUUUGCUGGUGCUUGAUACUGCGAGCGUAUCGAAUAGCUUUCAUAGUUGAAGUUUUAAAAUCCUGUAAAUGGGAUUGUUUUGGUGUCAUUAUUUGAGUUUGAAAGGCAAGGAAUAAAAGAGGAGAAACCUCAACAAAAUUGUGCGAAUUUAAGUACGAAUAGUAAGAUAUUUUUUUUUGAUCUGUGUUUCUGUGGAAUGAACAUGAAGAAGUUAAUGGUCACAAGUUGCCAAAAAUAACACAAAAAUACGAUCCCAAGAUGUAGUAUGUAUAAAAUCAGUGAUAGCGAAGGUGAAAAAUAUCUUUAUCUGGCCUCACACAUAUAGCUGCAAAGGGGCUCUGUCUGCUUCAUUGUACGACAUUCAAUGACUAACGUAAAUAUGAAGCAUGAAAUAAUGACAUCAGUCGCAAACCUCUUUUGGGCACAGUAGAAAGUGCACAAAAAUUUGGAACAUGUAGUUACGUUUCGACAGUAUUCACCAGCAAUGGAUCUAAUUAAGGAAGUGAAGUGCAAUAUCGAUAAAAGUUUGGAAGGAAAUUCUGCUGAAAUGGAAUGUGAAGCCGAGCCCGAAAAAAAUGAUCUCAGUCCAGAAAAUUCAAAAAAGAGUGAUAACUCUCCAUUGGAUGACCGAAUUUCCAAGCCAGUUGAAGAAAAAGAUGAUGGAGAAGAGGCGAAAAUGCAAUAUAACAACGGUAGUUUCAAUAGCGGAAUAAGUGAUAAUAGUAAUGUAAAUAAAAGCAUCUCGAUGCAAGAAAUUGAAAAAAGCCAACGCAGUGUCAGUGAAGAUCCGGAUGUUCGUAAUGCACUUGCUUUUACGAUUGAAUUCAGUGAAGGCCGUAAGUCAGUUGACACUCAGCGACAUGAGAAAAUGCUGGAGCGGUUCCAGAACAGACACAAACGGGGAGUUUCCUUGUCAAAAUUAGAAAGUGGGGUAAAUACUCCGGUGGGAAAAAUGAGGACCCCUCAAAGUGUUAAUUUACCUAGGAAAAAUCGAAUUGAACAACCAGAAAUUCAAGAUACCGCAGUUAGAUUACGAGAUAAAAGCAGAACGUCGAGAGACUCUGUAACCAAACGACACAGUUGGAGUCCUCGAUCAAGUAUGACGGAAGCAGGUGUUAAAGAUUCAGCAAUGAAAAUGAAAACUAAUAAAUUUACUCCAAAGUCGUCGGCGUUGCAGAUGGCAUUUGAUCAGCAGAAUAUUAUGAAGGAUUCUUGCUCAAGUUCUGAAUUCAAUGCCGAGAGUCUGGAUUCAUCAAUAGGUCUUCCUUGCGUUCAGCCUCCUCUGGAAAAUUUCAAGAAGGAAAACGAAGAUGACGAUAGCAUUAGUGAAGCUGGAACAUAUACACUGGACGGAGAUAAUUAUACUGAGGAACAAAAAGAACGGAUGAAUAUUGAUCGCAUGCCAGCAUUUACACCAGAGUCCACUCCCAAACCAUUGUUCAAACAAGGAUCUAAUAAAUUGUAUCCCCAGAGGCCAACUAGUUUUCGAGAAGAAUUAGAAAUAAUAGAUUUGGAUCGACCAUGUUCUGGAACAUCAGAAAAUGAGCGACGAAAAAAUAAUGUUCUCGAGGUUGUAUACUUUCACGAACCAUCGCCGGUUGCGCAAGUUUCGAAGCCUAAACAAUCAUAUCUGGAAAAACUGAAGUCACGUGUUAAGAACAUCACUCACAAAGCGAAAUCUCCCGACAAACAAAUCGUUUCACAGCAGAUUAAUUCACCAGAUCAAGGAACAUUCACCUCUGUAACCACUAGUGGAAUAUUGAGUGUAAAACCAACACUCGAAAGUCAUCCACGGAUCCAUCGCCGCAACAGUUUAACCAAAUCUCACAUCGAUAGCUCCGAAUAUGUUCAAGGUGUAGCUAAACUAAACAUUCAUAAAAAUGAAGAUGAAGCCAAAAUUCUUAAUUGUUACACUGAUUCAGAAAAAGCCACUGGACUAUCAGAUUUGAACGUAAAUUAUGACCACCAAAGGCGUAAAGCUGAUUCGGAAGCUUCCAAUAUAGGAUCUGCGGUUAACAAGAAAGAUUGGAUACAAGAAUGGGCAAAAAAUGCUCGAGAAUAUGCUAAAAAACCAACUCCUAGUAGCAGUAAUCCGCAAAUGGUGAGAAGUUAUGAGUUUGAAAACCGAAAUCAGUUUGGCUACGAUUUCGAUAUAGAUAUGACGAAAAGUGAUUAUUACGAUACAAAAAAGUAUCAAGAAUUUGGUGACAAUCUAGAUCGCCAGCAUUUGCACCGAAAGCAACUGGACCGACUUUUGAACAACAGCAGCAAUAGCGACCCAAUGCUAAAGCAAGCUUACGGUACUGAUUCCAGUGCACCAAAUUCGGGUGAAUUUACCAGACGUGGAAGUAUCAGACAGUAUACGAGCCCCACUGCAGCAAAACCUCCAAUGAGUCCAAGUAAAAUACCGUCCCCAAUGGGUUCCAUCGGUAGAGCUAGAAGCGUUAGUAGAAACCGCAGUCUGCAAGGAAGUAAUUCGGACCUUUCAACGAACGAAACCGAAAUGUAUCUCCAGAAGACCGCUGCUGCAAUAACUACUUUGCAGAACCUUCAAAGGCGAAACUCGUUACGCAAUUCAUCACGACAAAACUCGUCACACUCAAGUCCACUUAGUCCUGCAUCACGGCGAAUGUCUCCGAAGAUUUCCCCGAUGAACUCACUACAGUCUCCAAUGCAGUCACCUCAUCGGGAAAAGAUUCUUCACGCUGAAGGAGGUCAAACUUAUCUACCACAUCACCAGCAGAUACUUACUCUUAAACAACAACAAAAUAUGUUGAACCAUAAACGAAACCUUUCUCUGGAUGGUUCGGAAUCCUAUGCUAGCGCGUUAGCUGCUUUUGGGUAUGGGAACCAAAUGUCGAACAGUCUCAACUCAGAGCACAUGAAUGCAAUAUUAGAUUUAAGGAAGCAACACACUCGGCACAACUCCUUCGAAGGAAUGUCUUCUCUUCCACCAAAACCCGUGAAAUGUUUUCAAAAUUUUGACCAAAGGACUGCUUACUACUGUACAAAAGACCGGAACGAAGAUGUUCCUGGGAAUGACAUGGCCGAUUACGAUGACGAUGAAAAACUGAUUGUGAUUACUUCUGGAGUAAAGGACAUGUCCUUGGGCACUAAGAAACCAAAUGCAGUAUUGAUUAAACAGCAAUCAUCAUCAUCAUCCAGUGUAAAACCCACCGGAGCACAAAUUAGACCAACAGGUAGUCAACCAGUAAAUAAAUCAUACAAUCCAAAACCGGUGCCAACUCAAAUAUCAUCACCCAUUAAAAGAUCUAGUUCAUUCUCUGUCAAGGCAAUGAAGCCAAUGACACCAACAUUAACGCCCAAAUUAGGCUCCAAAAUAGCAUCAGGUGGUUCAAGAAUCCAGAAAUCGGCUAGUAGCACUAGUUUUAAAAAGAUGGUUGCCAAUUAUAAUGACGAAGAUGAUUUUUAUAUUAACGACGAUGAUGACCUUGAAUUAGGUCCAGAAUAUUCAUCUAGCUCAGAAAUUAGCGAUAAGGACGAAGAAGGGGCUGAUGUGGAUAAAGAACCCAUCACCAACACUAGAUAUAACAAAACCUUCCUCAUGCGUAUGGAACAGAAUAAGAAGAUUGCUGCCGGAGUCAAACACGGAGUGGCAGCUUGCCCAAACACUCCUGAAUUACCACGCCGAACACUUCAAGUUAAGGGAAGCACUCGCGAUCGAGCAUCAAUGCCAAGAGAUUCAAGUCUUAAUCGAAUGAAACAAGAUAUGGCUGCUUCUCGCAAAUCGAUGGGCAGAGAAUCGGUGCCGAAAGAACCGGCAACAGGUGGGAAGCAAAAAGUUCAGCCAAAGUAUUUGGAUAUAUCAAAGUAUAAAAACCCGACGGCGGGAACCUUUUUGAAAAAGGAUGAAUCGAAAAGCUAUUUGAUCAAAUCUGAAGUGAAGAAAAGUCCUAGUAGUGCGGCAGUAGCUAUGAACAGGGCAGAACCAAGCAGAAUGAGUACUAGAAGUAUCAAAUCAGCAGGAGCAAAACCAACUCCAUCUAAUCAAAAAGUAACCAAGGAGCAAGAACUGGAAAUGUGGCGUCGGCGGGCUAGCUAUGAUCCGAUGAAAGCUGCCAUGGAGGGCAAGAAAAAGCAAGAAGAGGCCCGUCGUCACGUUCAGAAUCAAGCAGAACGAUCAAGUAAAUCGUGUGAAAGCUCCGUAUUGAGGUCUCAAUCAUGCCACAGUGGCGUAGGAGUUGGAACAGGUCGCUUGUACUCCAGCAAUAUAAGUAACAAUACCAAUGCGAAUAUAAAAGGAAUUUUCGAUCAAACUGAUAACAACAGCAACAGCAGUCAACCGAGUAAUCACUGGACGCUAACAUCAACCGAAUCGAGUGACGAUUUCGACGAUGAAUACAAUAACUGAGUAAUUCCCCCACGAAUGGAUUUUGUUUUCAAAAAUCUAAUGACUGCACAAUAAUAUUUAAAUAUUAUAUUCACUGAAUGCUUGAAAGUGUUAUUUGCAGGAGAAUGGACCAAAAAUAAUACGCGGUUCAACCAUGGUUCGCACUAUGUGGCAAUUCGAUAGCGAUGUUUUAUUAUUUUUACCAGAAACCGUAUUAAUUUUGGUACAUUACCCCAAAGAACACUUUGAACGAGAAAAAGUAUUUCAUCACAUAUUAAUCCUUCAAAAAUGUCAUACAGGAAAAAAAAAAUGAUUUCGAAUAUUUAAUGUAUAAUGAUGAAGUAUUUAAUCUUUUACAAUUAUCAAAGUAAGCAUUCAAGGCAGCUUGUAUUUCUACGCAUAUGUAAUGAUAUCGUAGGCAAAUAAAAACAAAAUCUUAGCGAUAUCGAAAAGUCAUACGCAAUAUCUUUACUCCUAAAGCAUAUGCAUGAAUUUCAGUUCAUACAUAAAAUGAGCUUCUUAUAUUAAAUUGAUCUAUUUGAUUAUCGAUUGUAUGCUUAAAGCAAACUUUUGUCGCCUUAUUGUCAGCCUCUCUUACUAGAUUUAUUUCAAAUUUUAUUGGUGUAACUUUCAAUUGAUACUGUUGAGAUCUGUUAACUGCAUUGCUAUCCGAAUAUAUAACGUAACUUUUGCGAACGAGCUAGGUUAAAUAUGACUGUACUUUCUUUGUUAUUGUGGACAUUGUCUGAUGUGAUUAGAACGACGUAUUAAAUACCCUCAUGUUAUAAAAUCUUUAUUGUUAAAAUUCAUUUUAUUUACUGCAUCAUUAAAUCAAAUCACAUAAAUCUAAGUGUCGCAUAGAAAAAAUCGAAUGGAAGAUGGAAGUUGCAUGUGAAAGUUGAGAGAACUUGAACUGAAAUAGUUACAAUGUGGUUGGUUAGGAUUAGUUUAAAAUUGUAGCAUCAUGGCCCUCCAUUAAAGUGUGAAAAGAAGAAAUAAGUUUGAUUUAGCUUAAUAAUUUUCCAAUACCAAUUUUUCAAAAUGGCAUAACUACUCAACAAAGGCAUCUCAUGUCACUGAAGGCAGUUUUUGACCGUGGAGAGGAGAUUUUUAGCAGCUUACAUAAAUGUAUUGCUCGGUUUUCAAUAACUAGAUCAUAUACGAUGCAGCUUGAGCUGAAUGGUGCUUAAAAAUGGAUGAUUUUCACUGCAAAUAAUCACAUGAUCUUGAAAGUCAUUGAUCUGAUGGAAACAUAUGUUGUUGUAUGUUGAUCAGACAUCAUGUUCUUCUAGAGCAGAUAUUCAUCCAUUCAUGUUGUUUGUUGAAUAUUGAACGGCAUUUUUCGUUACUCAUGAGAUUAAGACUUCCUCGAACAGUGAUAACGUAAAACAAACAUGUUUUAAGAGUCGGCAUUGAGAACACUGCCAUUAUAUGGUCAAAGGCACCCCACACGUUGACAUGAGCAGCUUUUGUUCCAUGGCCCUUUUGAAUUUAAUUUGUUCCAUUGUAAUUUGUCAUUAGCUAACAAUUUUACAUCAAUCAUUUAACGUAAGGUGUUUAUACUAGUUCUGUGAAGUAAAGUUAUUUUAGUAUAA